AUGAUUGGACGGUACGUAAUGUAAUCAUAUUAAACAUACAUGUAAUCAGAGUACUCACCUCCAAAUACAUGUUAUUUGUGAAUACGAUAACAACAACAACAUUAUUUGGAGCAGCAGACUUGGUCGAACAACAGUUUGUAAAUGGAUCUAUUGACUGGAAAAGAGCAGGUAUUGUGUCUUUUGAAAGUUAUAACUUAAAUUAAGUAUGUGUGUCUUCAGCCGGUCUCUUUCUGGGACCAAUGAAUCAUGGUUGGUACAAGCUUCUUGAUGUCCUGAUCAAGGGCCCCAACUCUCCGAAAACAGUUUUCCAAAGAGUUCUGGCUGAUUUUGCUGUGAUCCCUUUUUUCGCCUGCCCGUUUAUGACCUAUUUGGGGUUUUUGGAAGGGAAAACGCUCCGUCAAUGCCUCCAUGAGUAUGCCCACAAGUUCCCAACCCUUGUCACAGUAAGUGGAUUGUAGAAAGUUCCCAUUUUCAGUUCGAUGCCAGUUUUUGGCCCCCAGUCCAGACCGUCAACUUCAUCUUCGUCCCCCGGACAUACCGUGUGCUGUACGUGAAUGUGGUCCAAUUCUUCUACAACUGCUUCCUCACUUACAUGAAACAUGACCAUGAAUAA